AUGCUUCAGAUUUGGGGCCUCGUUCUCUUCUAUGGCCUGGUCACCCAGAGUUCAGCCCAACUUGAUGCCAUCCCUGUGAAUCCUGUUGGUGCCCUGAGCCCUCCUCUGUCCCUUACCCCACCAGAUCUUCUCUCAGGCUUAUUAGGUGGUCUCACAAAGGGACUUCACACUUCAAAUGUGCUUGGUAUUCUCCAAAAUCUGCCCAUCUUGGACAUCCUGAAAAUUGGGGGAGGUUCAUCUGGAGGUCUCAUUGGAGGCUUACUACCCAAACUAACCUCGAUCAUUCCAGGGCUACACAAUAUAAUUUCGAUCAAUGUCACCAAUCCUGUCAUCCUGGAACUUGGGCUAGAACAAUCUCCUGAUGGACACCGGCUUUUUGUAACAAUCCCUCUUGGAAUGGUUCUGGAACUGAAAACAUUCCUGACUGGUGAACUUCUUAAGCUGGAUGUUAACCUGAAUAUCAUAGUGGAACUCAUUGCAGUGAGGGAUAAAGAUGGAAAAGUCCACUUGGUGAUUGGGGAUUGUAAGCAUGAUCCUGGCAGCUUAAAGAUCACUCUCCUGGAAGGGGUUGUACCAACACUAGUACAAGAACUUGUAGACACAGUGACAAAAACUCUGAUUGAAGGUCUUCCACAUCUGCUACAGAAAGAGAUCUGCCCUCUGGUCAAUGAGAUCCUCAGUGGUCUGGAUAUUACCCUGGUACAUGAUGUGGCUGAGAUACUAAUCCAUGGACUUUCACUGCAUCUUAAAUUGUAA